UUUUUACUAUUAUUAUUAUUAUUUCAUUACUUCCAUGCAUCUUGGUUUACUUUCAAAUGAUCGACUAUCGUUUGAUCCUCUCAAACCUGUCAUUCUAAGUGGUCCCUCAUCAGAAGAAGGUUCAGUUGUAUUUAGUGGUAAUGUCGUACUUUCACUUGGCAAGACUACAAAAGUAUCAAAGAUCAGUGUCAUUCUCAAGUCAGUACAAACUACUUAUUGGCCUGAAGGAAUUGGUUCUAGAGGAACUAGAUUGUCUUAUGAAAAGACUUUGAAAGAAGAUAUUUGUAAUGUAUUUCAAGCUGAAGGAGAAAAGAAAGGUUAUGUCCAAUUACCUGCAGGUAUACAUCGAUUCAUGUUUACUUUUGUAGUACCCAACUCAACUGUGGAAACGGUGGAAGAUGUUUAUGGUCGUGUCAAACAUACUGUAGAAGCACGUGUGACAAGUCCUGGGAUUCCCUUAUUGAAUAGUUGGCAUAUAUCCAAACCUGUACUUGUACUACGUACAUAUUUAUCGAAUGCAUUACUUACUAACAACUCUAUUCAAGAUUUGUCUCGUACUUUUGAAAAACAUUUACCUGGCGUUGAUAUUCAGAUAAUGGUGGAACAAGCUGCUUUUUCUUCUGGUGAUCUCUUCCAUGUGAGAUGUGUCAUUCAACCUCAAGUCAAACAUGUACGAUUGGAACAUUUGGAAUUUUAUAUUAUAGAAAAUCGACGGUAUGCUGCUCCAGAAAUGCGUGCUUUACGAACAGAUCAAGAACGUUUUGAUCUUUCUUUCCUUUCUGCUGGUCGGUUAGAGGAAAAUGACAAUGGAGGUGAAUUAAGUACAUCUACUCCUGAUAUCAAUAGUGAUUGGUCAGCAUUAUUCACAAAGAACAAUCAUCAUCAUCAUCAUUACAUCGAUAUUCACGAUACUGUUUCCUACAGACUCACCUUUGCUACUCCUACUUGUGUUCGUAAUCUUCAUCAUUCAACUACUUUCAAGGAUAUUCUGUUUAGACAUCAUCUCUCUAUUCAUGUGACAUUGUCUUACCCUGAUCCAACAUCUGUAGCAUCCAAUUCUUCUCCACUUCUUCACAAUCACAGCUUUUCAUCCAAUGAAGAAGAUCCUAUGGCAGCAGUAGCAGCACGAUUGACAAGAACAACCAUUCAUCGACACAACAGUGAUCAAAGUACGGAUAGUUUUGAUAGUACGACUUCAGCAUCCAAUACAUCUACAGGGCACCACAGCGGUAGUUCCACACCCACCACAAGUGGAGCAAAAUGGUUAUCCAAACUACGAAAACAUCGGGUCGAAAAGGAUAUGGAUAUGGAAAAAAGAAAACGAGAAACAAUCAAGUUUGAAUCUCCCAUCACGGUUUUUGAUUGUCGAUUGAAAGAAGAUUUUGGACGGUUACCCUCCUAUUUUGAACUACCACAACAUAACACCAACGCCAAUGGAUUAUCGGAAAAGGGACGUAGAAUGCCUGUCAACAAUGGAGAUAGUACAACACCAUCUGCUCCAGGUUCACCCAUCAUCAUUCAACAAGACGAACCUUACAAUUCAUCUUCAAGACGAAGUUCCUGUAGUAUAGAAGCUCAUGUUUUCCUAUGUCCUUGUUAUUUCGCAUUUAGGCGUCAAGUAGAACGUGCUUCCGAAGUCCAACUAUAUGCACCAUCUUCAUUAUCAUCUCCAUCAACAUCAACAUCAUUGGUUACCGACGGAACUACAGCCUUGGAUCGGAUCCCCUCAAAACCUCCUCCAGACUAUUAUGUCGGUUAGUAUUCCUUUUUUUUUUUUAUUUUAUUUUUAUGGUAGUUAUUUUAUUUGAUUUUCUUAUUCCCCUCACCCAUCAUCGGUACUACUCAAUUGUAUUCUAGUUUAAUAUUAUUAUUACUAUCAUUAUUAACAUCUUCAUACCCCUAUUACUAUUAUCGUAUUCAUCUUGUUCUCCUAUUAUUUUGUGCAAUAAAACUGUUUUCUUACGUUUAUCUAUCUAA